AUGAGCCUGCCAUGUAAAAUUUUAGCCAGCUGCCUUCUGAUUUACAACUUUCCCACCGAAGGUGCAGUCCCUGAAAAGACUGUGAGCCAAUGGGGCAAACUCUACCACAACAUCCAUCUGGACGGUCCAGAUUUAAAUACCGACGAACCAUCUCUGGAUGAUAUGGAUAAUGUCCGAUGGUACAUGGGACAAAACAAGACCAAGAUUGGACAAUUCAAAAGAGGCAUGCAACCUCAGUCAAGUAAAAUAUAUGAGGUCUUCGAAAAUGGAACUCUGGAAAUUAAAAAUCUGACCAGAAAUUCUGACAAUAUCUACACAGCAGAAAUUUUUAACAAAAGUGGAGUAAACGUGUUGGUAAAAACAAUUUAUUUGAAGGUUUUAGAGGUGGUCUCAAAACCACAGAUCCUCUACAAUUGUGACAAUCGCACACUGACUUGUAAGGUCACAAAAGGAAGUGAUCCUGAAUUACAACUGAGUCAAAACGGGAGCAUCCUUGAAAACGGUGCUAAGACCAUCAUCACAUACACGUGGACCUCCAACCAGAGUCUCAAUUUCAUUUGCACAGCAAGUAACAAUGUCAGCAGGGAGGACAACGAAGAAAAUAUCCAGUGUCCAGAGAAAGGUCUGAACAUCUACCUCAUCCUCACUGUUGUUGGAGGAGGCAUCGUCGUCUUCAUCUUCGUGGCGCUGCUCAUCUUCUGUAUCGGCAAGAAGAGAAAACAGAACGACGAGAGAAAUGAUGAGGACCCAGAGAUAAGAGCUCACAGAAUAACCACUGAAGAAAAAGUCCGGAAGCCCCACCAAAUCCCAGGCUCCACUUUUCAAAAACCAGCCACUUCUCAACCUCCUCCACCACCCAGCCAUCGUCCCAGGCCUGUUGGCAACCGUGUCCAGCAGCAACAGCAGCAGAAGAGGCCUCUUCCUCCUCAGUCAGUCACACAAGUUCACCUGCAGAAAGGCCCACCCCUGCCCAGACCCCGAGCUCACCAGAAACCUCCCCCAUCAUCUACCUAA